AUGGGCCCAGUUCUUCUUGUUAUUAUUGUGUUCUUCAGCUCGUUACAAAGUGGUGGAGCGGACUAUGUGGAGACCGCACCGCGCUCGGGAGCUCCGCUUCCCCCACCUAUUCUCCCUGGUGAAUGCCCCCUGAUAUUCUCUCCGGCAGACAUCCAACAAGCAAAGCAGGUCUGUUCCUCAGGUUCCUCUGCUUGUUGUGGUCGCCUUAGAGCACUGCUUUUCCAGGGAAGGGUCAGAUAUGCAAACAGCACGGGGCGCCUGCUCCUACCACAGGCGGCCGCUGAUGCAUGCAUUCAGAUGAUUGACUCCUUUGUCACAACUGCUAAGAUUUCAGUUGAGAUCAGCUGUGACAUCACAAGCGAAGUGCUCUCUGAGGACUCUGGAAAGGCAUGCGGGAACGACCUCACAACCGUGUACGACUUUUUCUCUGCCGCAAACCACACAUAUCCAGGUUACAUGGUCGGUUCAGGUUGCCAUGGGACCACCGACUGCAGUGUGUGUAACUCGCUGAUUUCAGACAGGAUUGUGUCGCUAGGCCGCGGAACGGGUGCACUUCUCAGCACGCCAGCUUGCCAGGGCCUAGCUCAAGUUGCCAUGACUGCGGCCGCUUAUCCUGUCAUCAUCGCCAACAGCAUGGCCCGAUGUCUCCACCAAGUCGACAUCAAGCCCGUCACCCUCGCACCAAAGUGCACCAUAUGGGAUUGGAACACUAUCAACUUUACCUCGGCGGUCCUCAGUUGCGGCCCUCAACAGAUUCGGGCUGACCGUUGUUGCAACCUGAUCCUGGGGAUGUAUGGGCAGGCCCAAGCCACGGCCUGCGCAUCCGAACUCAAGGCCCAGCUGGCUGCUCGGGGCGUCAACCCGGCCGCCCCGGACAAGUGUCUCAUCAAUCCCACCCUGACCCUCCACGGCUACGGCUGCUACAACUACACCACACUCCUUCAGCGCGCCCCUUCCCGCAUUUACGAGCAGUUAGAGACGGUGUGCAAUCCAGCGACUAGCGAUUGCACCCAGUGCAAGCCGACCUUCUUUUCAGUGGCUGACGAACUGGCCAACACAACGAGUGUCCAAUACCUGAACUUGUGUAUGUUUAGUUUCGGAAUGCAGUACUAUGGUGGUUUCCCGACUCUGGAGGAGAUCACGCCGCGGCUGAAUUGCUACUACCGCUUUCCCCCGGGCUUAGAGCUGGGCAUUGCCGAGCCCCCAUCGAGCAAGAACCAUCAGCAAAUCGCCCUCAUAGCAGGACUGAUGGCGGCGAGUGCCUUAAUGCUAGUCGCUGCUUCGGCCGUCGCAUUACUGCUCUGGAAGCGUCGCUCUCUUCACAAUGGGGACACGAAAACGCUAGGCCGAAUGUCGUCGUUGAAAGAACGGGCGAACGAGCGGGGACUUAAGAAAUUCAGCCGGAGGCAGCUGCGGCAAGCUACCGGAGACUUUGACGAGAGCCGCGUGGUGGGAAGAGGGGGCUCGGGAAAAGUCUACGUGGGGCUGCUGAAUGGGGAGACUGUGGCGAUCAAGGAGGCGUCAUUCUCGUCCGUCAAGAAUGGGGCGAAGAGGUUCCAGGCUGCAAACGUAGGCUAG